AUGAGAACCUUUACCAACGGAGAAGUCAAAUCGACUUUCGCGUCUCUCGCAUCCCUUUUAAUCCUCGUUCCCGCCGUUUGCUGCUCGGGCAAAACUUCAGGCCACAAACUCAGCAGAAAGCAGCUGCCCGUCCACUCCGAAGACUGGAUGAUACUCGGCAGCCAUGGCCUCAUGCUUACUCACUACCAAACCGGGCCUAAACAUGUCAACGGCAUUCCGGUCAUCUCCCGCAGGGACAGCGACAUCCCCCUCUUCUCUUCAACCCUGACCGGCCUGACGAGCAGCCAAGACGACUUCCUCGACUGGGACUCCGACCUCGUCACGGACCUCAAGAGUGCUCCUUUGCAAUCCGCCACCUCUCGCGAUGUCGUCACACGCAGUGGAUUGGUCCACAUCACCCGAAACUCUCAAGGAAAAGAUGCGGUCCGAAUCGAAGCUUCAUCUCUCUUGAAGAAGCCCCUCACCCUCUCCCCCUACACCUCCAACAAAAUCGCCAAGCGAUUCACACAGGGCGCAAUCAUUCAAACAAAAAUCACUUGGUACACCGGCCACGACUUGUUGAACCCUUAUUGCGCACAAAAAUCCGGAUGGACCCCUACCGACAGCUCGUUGAUCAUCGCUGUCACUCAAGAGUGGAAAAUGAGACCAAAGUGCGGGGAUUUCUUCGAGUUGGUUGUCGUCGACAAGAACGUUGGUCAAGUCGGGAAGUCCGUCAUUGCCAGAGUUGUUGACCUCUGUGGAGGAUGUGCACCACAGGUCGCUCAUGCAGACUUGAGCAAAGCCGCCUUUACUCGCCUCUUCAACCUCGAUGUUGGCGUUGUCUCUGGCCUCGCCAUGCGCAAGGUCGCACCACCCAAGAAGUGGAACGUAGCCCUCUAUGGUCCUCGGAUACUCUAG